GAGCGGUUAAAGCAAGAGAAACGCGAUGAAAAAAGAUUAAAUAAAGAGCGUAAACUGGAACAGCGAAGAUUGGAAUUAGAAAUGGCUAAGGAGCUAAAGAAGCCUAAUGAAGAUAUGUGCUUAGCAGACCAGAAGCCUUUGCCAGAGUUGCCUCGCAUUCCAGGCCUUGUUCUCUCUGGAAGCACAUUUUCAGACUGCCUCAUGGUGGUACAGUUCUUGCGCAACUUUGGUAAAGUUCUUGGUUUUGAUGUGAAUGUGGAUGUCCCUAAUCUAAGUGUUCUUCAGGAGGGCUUGUUAAACAUAGGGGACAGCAUGGGAGAAGUACAAGACUUACUUGUAAGGCUCCUCUCAGCUGCUGUUUGUGAUCCAGGACUAAUCACAGGAUACAAGGCCAAAACAACUCUUGGGGAACAUUUGUUGAAUGUUGGUGUCAACCGUGACAAUGUUUCUGAGAUUCUACAGAUUUUUAUGGAAGCUCACUGUGGGCAAACUGAGCUUACCGAAAGUCUAAAGACCAAAGCUUUCCAGGCACAUACUCCAGCUCAGAAAGCAUCGGUACUUGCUUUCCUUAUUAAUGAGUUAGCAUGCAGCAAAAGUGUAGUGAGUGAAAUUGAUAAGAACAUUGAUUAUAUGUCAAAUUUAAGAAGAGAUAAAUGGAUGGUUGAAGGCAAAUUGCGGAAGCUUAGAAUCAUUCAUGCCAAGAAAACCGGCAAGAGAGACACUACAGUGGGUGGUGAUAUAGGAGAAGAACAGCAUUCAUUGGGUACAUCCACUCCAGGACGCAAACGGAGACGGAAGGGAGGAGACAGUGAUUAUGAUGAUGAUGACGACGAUGAUAGUGAUGAUCAAGCAGAUGAAGAUGAUGAGGAUGAAGAGGACAAAGAUGACAAAAAGGGAAAGAAGGCAGAAGUCUGUGAAGAUGAGGAUGAUGGGGACCAGGCAGCAAGUGUUGAAGAGUUAGAGAAACAGAUUGAAAAACUCACGAAGCAACAAAGCCAGUACAGAAGGAAAUUAUUUGAAGCCUCUCACUCUUUACGCUCAGUGAUGUUUGGUCAGGAUCGUUACAGACGCCGGUAUUGGAUUCUACCCCAAUGUGGGGGUAUUUUUGUGGAAGGAAUGGAAAGUGGUGAAGGUCUAGAAGAAAUUGCAAAAGAAAAGGAGAAGUUAAAAAAAGCAGAAAGCAUACAUAUCAAAGAGGAGAUGUUUGAGACCUCAGAGGAAAAAAUAAACUGUAUAAAUACAAGUCACUGUGAGCAGAAAGAGGAUCUUAAGGAAAAGGAUAACACUAAUUUGUUUCUACAGAAGCCUGGCUCUUUUUCAAAGCUAAGCAAACUGUUGGAGGUAGCAAAGAUGCCUCCUGAAUCUGACAUUAUGUCACAAAAACCCAAUGGCAGUGCAGCAAAUGGGUGCACACUAUCUUAUCAAAAUAACUCUAAAAACUCUCUCUGCAGCCUUCAGCCCACCAUAUCACAAAGCAGCUCUGAAAAGUCAGAUUCUAAUAAUCUUUUUAAUCCCAUUGCAAGUGGACCAGGGAAGUUUUACAAUUCUCCAUUAAUUCCAAAUGACCAGUUGUUAAAGGCACUUACAGAAAAGAGCAGACAAUGGUUCAGCCUUUUACCAAGAAUACCAUGUGAUGAUGCAUCAGUUACCCAUUCAGAUACACCAGCUUCUUCUUCUUCGCUAACUCUGCAUUCAAAUCCUCCCUCAAAAUCACCUUCACCAGUCCCAUCUCCUCAUAUCACUUCAACCUCUGUACAGAGUCCUAUGGGAAUAAGUCCUUUUGCAUUAUCAUCACUUCAGAUGAAGACUGGAUUACCUAUAAUGGGACUUCAAUUUUGUGGAUGGCCUACAGGAGUUCUUACUUCAAACCUUCCAUUUUCAUCUCCCUUACCUAGUGUUGGAUCAGGGUUAGGAUUGACAGAAGGAAAUGGUAAUUCAUUUUUAACGCCCAAUGUUCCUGCAAGUAAAAGUGAAUCACCGGUACCACAAACUGAAAAAACAGCUUCUGCUCCCUCUACAGGAGUUGAAAUAGCCAAGCCAGUAGAUUAUCCUAGCCCAAAACCUAUACCAGAAGAAAUGCAAUUUGGUUGGUGGAGAAUUAUUGAUCCAGAGGUCCUAAAAGCUUUGCUUAAAGUACUACAUCUCAGAGGAAUAAGAGAGAAGGCCUUACAGAAGCAAAUACAGAAACACAUGGAUUACAUUACUUUGGCCUGCAUCAAGAACAGAGAUGUUGCAAUUAUUGAAAUAAAUGAAAAUGAGGAAAACCAGGUAACUCGAGACAUUGUGGAAAACUGGUCAGUAGAAGAGCAAGCAAUGGAGAUGGAUCUGGCUAUUCUUCACCAGGUGGAAGACCUAGAACGGAGAGUUGUAUCAGCUAGUUUGCAAGUUAAGGGUUGGAUAUGUCCCGAGCCUGCAUCGGAGAGGGAAGACCUGGUAUAUUAUGAACAUAAGUCAUUUACUAAAUUGUAUAAGAAGCAUGAUGGAGAAUGUGCUGGAGGAGAAGGCGGCAAUACCAGUGCUCUAGAGCGGAAGAGUGACAACCCUCUAGAUAUAGCUGUAACCAGGCUUGCUGACUUGGAGCGGAACCUAGAGCGAAGAAUUGAAGAGGAUAUUGCUCCAGGGCUAAGGGUAUGGCGAAGGGCUUUGUCAGAAGCUCGCAGUGCUGCACAGGUAGCACUGUGCAUUCAGCAGUUACAGAAAUCAAUAGCAUGGGAAAAAUCUAUUAUGAAAGUUUACUGCCAAAUAUGUCGAAAGGGAGAUAACGAGGAACUUCUGCUUCUUUGUGAUGGCUGUGACAAAGGCUGUCACACAUACUGCCAUAGACCCAAGAUCACUACUAUACCAGAGGGUGACUGGUUUUGUCCUGCCUGCAUAGCAAAGGCAAGUGGUCAAACCCUAAAAAUAAAAAAACUUCAGAUCAAAGGGAAAAAAAGUAAUGAACAAAAGAGAGGCAGGAAAUUGUCUUUAACAGGAGAUACGGAGGAUGAAGACUCUGCAACUACAAGUAGCUCUUUAAAAAGAGGAAAAACAGACCCGAAAAAAAGAAAAAUCGAUGAAAAUAUUUCUAACCAAUUGAAACAAGAAAGCUUCACUCCUACGAAGAAACCUAAAAGAGAUGAAUCCAAGGACCUGCCUGUAUGCAGCAUGAUCCUGUCUGAAUUGGAAACUCAUGAAGAUGCAUGGCCUUUUCUACUUCCUGUAAACUUGAAACUUGUUCCUGGUUAUAAGAAGGUUAUUAAAAAACCUAUGGACUUUUCCACCAUCAGAGAGAAGCUAAGCAGUGGACAGUACCCUAAUCUUGAAGCAUUUUCUCUAGACAUCAGGCUUGUUUUUGACAACUGUGAAACCUUUAAUGAAGAUGAUUCUGACAUAGGCAGGGCUGGCCACAACAUGAGGAAAUAUUUUGAAAAGAAAUGGACAGAGAUUUUCAAAGUGAGCUGAAUUUAUCAGAACUCAGUUUUUUCCUUAUACAAGGACAAAUGAGACCAGCAAUGUGAACUGUAUUUACAUAAAAAGUGCAAGGCACACGCGUAACUGACUGCUUUUUUUUUUCCUUAAAGAGAAGUAUCGCAGAAGAGUGAUACUAAUUCUAAAGGCUUCACUCCUACAGCAACCAUGGCCCUUGGUUAUUGGUUUGUGUGUUUUAUCAAACUAAUUUAGGUAGAACAGGGAAGCACACCCAAAGAAUUUCAAAGAAAGGGGUGUUAUAGUGCAAUAGCAAUUUAAAAUAUAUCAAAACGCACUGAAUAUUCAACCACCAGAGCUCUACUUGGGGAAAUGGUUCUCUUUUCCCCUUUCAAUAAAUAUCUAUUUUUCAUUUUUUUACUUUGUAGUUUAUUUUUUAGUGAAUGUAUUUAAUUUUAUGAAUUAUUUAUGAUUAAACAGCAUCCAGAAUCUUCGUUUUCUGUGAAAAGGAAGAAUUAGAAAAAUUGCUUUAAAUCUUGAAAAUACAACAAGGAAUGUUUUAAAAUAUAAAACAAAGCCAAGUAAAACUGUUUACACUGUUGUGCUAUAAAAGCACUAAAAGUUAAAACUUUACUGUAGAGUUACAAGUACAUUUAUAUAUAUAUGUUGCUCCAUCACUUGUGUAGUAAAAUUGUAUUUGAAGACAGUGAAGAAAAUUUGAGACAUAUGUAUAUACUGUUCAUUAUUGUUUAUAUUAUGUCUUGUUUUAAAUAUGUAUGAUGUGUACAUAUUAUUUGCAGACAUUAUUGUUUAUGCCUUAGAAGGACUGUAGCAUUUUAUUUUAGUCUUAAGGUAAUUGUAGCUAUACGGCUUGUACAGUAAUUAUCCUCUACCAACACUGUGGAGUCUCCUUAAUCUUGGUAGUGCCUGCCUUUAAAACAGGGUGUAGGGGAUAUUAGUUUUCCAUUUUUCUAUUUUGUUAUAUAAUUUCAAGCCACCAGGGCCUCAGAUUUAAGUAUAAUCAUUUGUAUCCAUGUGAAAUAAAAUUGUGACAAUUUCUUACGCACACAGUAUUUUUUCAUAGAAACAUUUCCCUCCAUUUGCCUUGCCACAGAAAUAACAAAAAACAUUUGUAACCACUGUGUUUUAUCUACUGUGUGUUGUGGUGGCCUGUUGGAGGCAGAUAGAUCAGAAAUUUUUUUUUUUGUAUGUAUGUAAGAGUACUUGAAGCUUUAUUUAAAACAAAAACGUUGUGGAAAAGGUAGCAUUCUUUUUUCUUUUUUUCUUUUUAUAGGAGUGUUAUUUUUCACUAAUAUGUGUGGCACGGAUACAAUAAAAGACUGUUUUGCAAACCAGUUUUUCUUGGUUAUUUAGUAUUCAAGAUAUAUGUAUAAAAGAAAUAUUGAAAAAUGGGGAUAAUAAUCUUACC